GAGCCCCCUCCCUCCCUUCUCGGCGUCGUCGUCGUCGUCGCCCUCCUCCUCCCUCUCGCGCGCUCUCCCUCCCCUGCCCAGAGCCAGCAGCCGGGAUCUCAGUAUUAUGGCAUCGAGGAGAAUGGAGACCAAACCCGUGAUAACGUGUCUGAAAACCCUCCUCAUUAUCUACUCCUUCGUUUUCUGGAUAACUGGAGUUAUCCUUCUUGCUGUUGGUGUUUGGGGGAAGCUGACUUUAGGCACAUAUAUUUCUCUCAUUGCUGAAAAUUCAACUAAUGCCCCCUAUGUUCUCAUUGGGACGGGUACCACAAUUAUUGUCUUUGGCUUGUUUGGAUGCUUUGCCACUUGUCGUGGGAGCCCAUGGAUGCUGAAACUGUAUGCCAUGUUUUUGUCCCUGGUUUUCCUGGCAGAGCUGGUGGCUGGUAUUUCGGGCUUUGUGUUUCGCCAUGAGAUCAAGGACACCUUCCUUAGGACAUAUACUGAUGCCAUCGUGCAUUACAAUGGAAUCGACGAGAAGAGCCAUGCAGUGGAUGAUGUACAACAAAGUCUGAGUUGCUGUGGUAUACAGAGCUACACCAACUGGAGCAUUAGCACUUACUUUACCAAUCAUGGCAUCCCCCCAAGCUGUUGCAUGAAUUCCAGUGACUGUAAUAUCCAGGACCUGCAAAACAUGACAAUUGCUGCUACUAAAGUAAACCAAAAGGGCUGUUAUGAUUUGGUGACCAGUUUUAUGGAGACAAAUAUGGGCAUCAUAGCUGGAGUGGCUUUUGGAAUUGCAUUCUCACAGCUGAUUGGAAUGCUGCUGGCAUGCUGUCUGUCCCGAUUUAUUACUGCCAAUCAGUAUGAGAUGGUGUAACAAGGGGGCAUGAAAUGCAGCAUCUGUUUUCAAUCAGGAAUUGGGAUACAUAAUUCUUGGAAGACUUCUAAAGAAUGUUAGAGCACAUACACAACUACACACACACACACAAUACCACCAAUCACCACCUUCUAAACUCUGUACCAUGCGUAGUGUACCAUUCCGUGAAGUACUGUUGUGCCCAGAAGUAGCCUGAACCAUUCAGCAUCCAGUACUGUACACUCCACUUUGAAGGCUCUUGCAUAUGAUGGCACUAUGUGUAUGUUCUUGGUCAGAUUGUAGUUGCAUUGUUAAAGUUAACAGAGGUUAUUCAUUAACAACGAUGAUUGGACUGUGCAUGUAGUGACUGGAGGGCAUAAUUAGCCUUUCACCAUGGUUAAUAAAUGUCGCACACAUCCAUAUUAAAACCUGUAUACAAAUAUAUAUAGAUAUAUAUAUAAUUUUGGUUAUCAGACUUUUAAUUUGGUUUUUUUUUUGUUUUAUUGCUUUACCAAGUUUUUUCCAAUCUUAUCCAGCUUCCCCAUCCCCAAACCUCUAUUCUCAUACAAGAAGAAAUGUAACAUAAUGUGAAGAUACUUGAAAACAAAAAAUUAAUGUCAAAAAUAUGUUAGGGGAAAAUUUGUUCUUUUGAUGUUCUGCUGCAUCUUUGAUUCUUAAUGUUGUAUGCCUUGUCCGUUUUCCAGUAGGCCUUUGUUUAGUGCAUAUUGCCUCUGAAUCAGAACCUGUGUCAUAGUGUUACUAUGCUGUGAUGUUUGCUUACUGUGAAGACAGUAAUUUUGCUUCUCUUUUAUUAGAUAAUUAUGGACUAAUUAACUUAAGCUGUAAUGCCAUCUUCUUCCUUUUUUUCUUUCAUUCUCCUUUUGCAUUGAAGUUGCCACCAAAGUACAUUGUCCGAUCACUCAAAAAUUCAAAAAAGGACAUAUGGAAUAUUUUUGGGGGUGGGGAACAACAGUUUAGGACCUUUUUUAAAAUAAUAGGAGUUUUUAAAUCAGGCCUCUGUCUAGCAUGCCAACAAGAAUGCAUUGAUAUUGUGAGUAUUUGUGAUAUACAUAUUAAUAAAUGGAACCAUUACGGA